AUGAUGGAAAGCUGUCUCUGGAGGAGUUCCAGGCCUUUUUUUCUGAUGGGACACUCAACGAAGAAGAACUCGAGAAGCUCUUUCAUACCAUUGACUCAGACAACACUAACAACGUGGACACUAAGGAGCUGUGUGACUAUUUUGCUGACCAUAUGGGAGACUACGAAGAUGUUUUGGCCUCACUGGAGAUGCUGAACCUCUCCAUCCUGAAGGCAAUGGACUACACCAAGAGGGUGUACGAGAGUGCACUGCUGAGCUCUGUGGAGAGUGCUGUGGAUGCCAUCGACGAGCAAACCAACCCCACCAGGCACUACCCCAGCAAGGCUGGCCAUGACCUGAGUGACACUUGGUAUGACAGCCCUGUGCCCAGCUACUCUUCCACCACCUGGAUGGUCCCCAGGGAGCAUGGAAAGACCUUCCAGACAGGUUCCCCUGACAGCAAGGCAGAGGGACUGGAGGGACAGAUCAACAGGCUGGCCAAGCUGAUUGGCAAGCUGGAGGACAAGACGCUCUGGUUUGACCUGCACCAGCGGCUGUCGGACAGCGAGAGCACAGCUUGCACGUACCUCCUCCUGGUGCGGAACGAGAUGACGGUGUCACACAAGCACCUGGGCGAGUUUUGCAGCUCCCUGAAGCAGUACCUGAAGAGCGUGGCCGGGGAGCGGGACUGCUUCCACAUCACUGCAGUGAAGCUGCCUGAUGGGGUCACUUUCAUUGUCUAUGAGUUCUGGGAGACCGAAGAAGACUGGAAGAGGCACCUGCAGAGUGCUACCUGCAAGGGCUUCCAGCACGUCAAGGUGGACACACUGAGCCAGCCCGAGGCCAUCUCCAGUGUGUCUGUGCCAGCUGCCUGGUGCACCCUGAGCCGAGAGUGACCAUCGGUGCCGGGCGAGGCACACCAGCACCUGUCCCCUCUGCAGGGUGGCCAUGACCUCCUGCAUGGCCGGGGAGUGGGAGGUGUUGGUGUGACCUGUCUGCAGUGAAGGAAACCCCCAUGUGUGUCCCCACCACCCCAUAGAGUCCUCCCCCAGCUACCCCAUCACC